GCAAAUCUCUUAACACCAUCUCGCUCGUUGGGUUGUCUCCGUCGAGCGAGCGACUCGAUCCCCACCACCACCACCAGCCGCCGCCUCGGCCGGCCGGCCGGCACGGCGAGGGGGGAGCGAGGAGGCGUUGGGCGGGAUAUCUUCCCAUGGCGUCGAAGCAGAUGGAGGAGAUCCAGCGGAAGCUGGCGGUGCUGGCCUACCCGCGGGCCAACGCCCCCGCGCAGUCCCUCCUCUUCGCCGGCGUCGAGCGCUACCGCCUCCUCGAGUGGCUCUUCUUCCGGCUCCUAGGCGACAGAUCGCCAUUCACGCAGCUGAACUGGCAGGGGGAUAGCCUCGACCGCGACGAGGAGAACAGCAGGAUCCAACACUUGGCCGAGAUUGCGAAUUUCCUUGGUAUAACGCCUUCGGUUGACACGGAGGCAAUUCAGGGUAGAGGUAGCUAUGAGGAGCGGGUGGAGCUUCUCCGUCUCAUUGUUGAUCUAGUGGAAGCAAGCUGCUAUGCUGACAAUCCAGAAUGGAGCGUUGAUGAGCAGCUGGCAAAAGAUGUGCUGCUUGUAGAUUCAAUUGCAGAGAAGCAGGCCCAAAUUUUUUCAGAAGAGUGCAAACUAUUUCCUGCAGAUGUUCAAAUACAAUCAAUUUACCCCUUGCCUGAUAUAGGAGAACUGGAGUUGAAGCUCUCUGAGUACACUAAGAAGAUGUCAAAUUUGCAACAAAUGGUUCAGGAGUUAGCAUCUAAGUAUGACUAUAAUCCAAACGAAGAUUAUGCUGAGACAGAGUUCAAACUGAGGGAACAUUUGCAAUCGUUCCUUGAAACAGUUAAAUCCUUCAACAUGAUCUAUACCAAGGAAAUUCAUCCUUGGACCCACAUGAUGGAGGUCCCACAAUUGCAUGGUUUUGGUCCAGCUGCUAACCGCUUGUUGGAGGCAUAUAACACACUCUUAAAGUUCCUUGGCAAUUUGAGGAGCCUGCGGGAUUCAUAUACAGCAAUGGCUGCUGGAUCGCUUUCAGCAUCUAAUGAGCCUUCAUCUGUCACCAAAAUUAUCUCAGACUGUGAAUCUGCACUUACAUUCUUAAAUAACAGCCUCGCCAUCCUUUCAACCUCUGUGGCACGGGAGCAGGGUGAAACGCUCUGAUUUCACGGUAUCUUGAUAUAAGGAUACAUGUGUAACCUUGUAGUGAGUCGAUUGUUUGCUUUCUGAGGCUUGUGUGCCAAUUGUCGUUGUGUUCCUGCGUCUUUAGUUCGUAAUUGCAUAGAUAAAAACAUUAACAUUAGCUUGUAUUGGAAUUUCGUAAAGAGAGCUCUAUUUCAAGUUUGUGCAGCCCUUGUAUAUCUCUUUUGUUUGCCCUUUGAUUUGAUCCCUUGGGCAGUUGUAAGCUUCGGUUAGCAAAUGUUAUAGAUUGGACACCACCAUGGCACCACA